GGAGGAACAAGUGAACAAGCUUCUUUCCCUUCAUGCAGGAACGUGGGCUGAGAUAAACUUCAUGUACUGCGAUAUACACUGCACAAUGCAGCACAGCCUGGCGUUCUUUGGGAGAGGUGUUUCAGCUCUUGCGUAGAGCCUCCGUGUAAAUAUUUUGAUGUGUUGUUGAGACAUCUUGAAAGAUUUGUUCAGUUUCGUGUUUCUUACUUCCUCAAUUGUUCUGCUAGAAUCAAGUCUCUGAAGCAGCUGCGAGCUUUCCCAGCUAUUCUCAACCCAUCCCAUUGGCAAAGCAAGGUCCAAUUCCCUCUCACGCGACACCACUACAACACUCCCCUUCUACCUCGAAUUUCUGCACGACAUACGCAAAUCCACCAUGUCCUCCGAACCCAACGGCUCCAACGCCCAAGCGCUCUUCUCCCCCUCCCUCAUCUCCGAACAAGUCGCCUCGCAGCUUCCCACAGGCUACUCGAUCCGCCCGCUCGAACGAACAGAUUUCGAGAAGGGUUUCCUCGAUGUUUUGCGGGUUUUGACACAGGUGGGAGAGGUUACGAAAGAGGAGUUUGAGCAGAGGUUUGAUGAUAUGAGGGGGCCUACGACUGGGGAAGGUGCGGCUGCGAACAAGGGCGGGUAUCAUAUUUUGGUGAUUUUGGAUGGGGAGAAGAAGAUUGUGGGGACUGGGGCGUUGAUUGUGGAGAAGAAGUUCAUUCACCACCUUGGACUCGUAGGACAUAUUGAGGAUAUUGCAGUCACGAAAGAUCAGCAAGGGAAGAAGCUGGGUCUUAGGAUCAUUCAGGCAUUGGACCACUUGGCUGAGAAGGUGGGAUGCUACAAGACUAUUCUGGAUUGCUCAGAAGCGAAUGAGGGGUUCUAUGUCAAGUGUGGGUAUAAGAGGGCUGGGUUGCAAAUGGCGCAUUAUUACAACAAGUCGUGAGCGUGAGCAUGAGCGUGAGGAAGUUUUGAUGAGGCAUGGUACGAGGUAACGGCAGGUAAAUUAUGACAGGACUCCGGGGACAGUGCGAGUGAGGGCGCUUCGGCAGAUGAGAAGGGCGGAAAUUUGUGAACGGAACUCUAUAGAGACAGAUCAGCUAGAGAUAUGAGACCAUGAGUUCGAAGUCCGGGCACAUUCAUGUGCAUGUCCAACGACGACUCAUCCUUGCUGUACCUGCCAAGCCAAACAGCUGCUUCGCAUCUCGUACCUCGAGCUGCAACAUCCGAGAAUCUUACAUACCCAG